AUGGAGCUGACGACUCAUCACAGGCCUCAGCAAUGUGAAAUCAUCGCGACGGCCCUGGCUGGCAAAGACGUCUUCGUCCAGGCUGCCACAUCGUUUGGCAAGAGUCUCUGCUUCCAACUCCCUACCUACAUUAACUACAGCAUUACCAUCGUCAUUAACCAGGUUGAAGCCAUGCGGUCGGUAGGCAUUAACGCCAGCUCACUCAACAGCAACACGCCGCCUAUUAACAAAUACCGCAUUAAUUAA